UAAGCUGAAACUUUGCCUUUCACUGAGUCCCGAGAGGAUUAAUUCUGGGGUACAAAACGAUGGAUUUUUUUGGAUGAGGAAAGACGUCUUAUUUUUUUGUCCCCCAGAACAAUUCCGCUCGGGACUCAGUGCAAGGGGUCUAUUCCUGAGCGAAGAUAAUAUCUUACACAUUCUGGUUGGUUUUGUUGUUUGUUACAGCCACGACGUUCUGCGAGAUCCCAUCAUGAGUUGUGAAGAGGGACAUUCGUUUUGUCGAUACUGYAUUGGACAGUGGUUGAGGAGUGUCGAUAGGUGCCCCUUGGAUAACAGCUUGAUUGAAGACCCGAACUUUUCGCGUAACCUUAAUGUUAGAGGCGUCAUAGAUAACCUAAAAGUUUAUUGUCAUCCCCAAAGAGAAGAUAAAAAUCAUAACCAGGAGUCAGCUCCAGUCGAUGUACGGUCAAUAGAUGCUACGCAGAAGUGUACCUGGAUCGGCAAACUGGAAGCUCUUCCAAAACACCAACAGACAUGUCCUUUUCAGCUCGUGCCCUGUCCACAUGAAAACUGCAUCACAAAAAUGCAGAGAAUGCGAAUAAAAGAGCACGAGAACACAUGCAAGUAAAAAAGAGUGGCAUGUGACGGCAAAUGCGGACUUGAGUUAGUCCAACAUGAACUUGAGAACCACAAAGCGCGUGACUGUCCUGAAACACUGAUUCCAUGUCCAUACCAAUGUACA